AAAUUAGUUUCCAGUAAAUCUUCAUCUAGUUUCUGAGGAUUGUCACUGCAAUAAACGAGCAAAGAAAGAGCAGUCAUAGAAGAUGUCGUCUGUUCUAGAGCUUCUUCUGAAGACUCUGGAUGAUCUGAGCACACAAAAACUACAGAGGUUUAAAUGGUACUUAAAGAUUUAUGAAUCCAUUUCAACUGCUGAUAUUGAAAAAGCAAAAGCCACUGAUAUAGUGGACAUAAUGGUGGCACGAUUCACUCCAGAGGGAGCUGUUAAGAUCACGCUGGACAUCCUGAGGAAGAUGAAUGAGAAUCAUCUGGCUGAACAGUUAGAGAACAAACACAAGGAUGUACAAAAUGCAGUGCAGAUCAGCAGAGACGCUCACAAUGUUGAUCCAAAUCCUAAAUCAGGUGUAACUGUAAAUGCUCCUGUACCCACUAGAAACAUCUCAAACCCAGUGACCUUCAACUUCAGCUCGAGCUCCAGUCCUGUCGGUCUAGUGCAAUAUUACAACAAAACUAUGAAGAAAGUGGAUCCAGUUGUGAAGUUUCCCUCUGCUGGUUUGAUAAGUCUGAGUAAAAAUUCUGGAGAUUCCGGGAUCACCUUAAGACAACAGUAUGCCUGUGUUCUCUCACUGGAUCCAAACACAGCACAUCCCAACCUCUUUCUGUCUGAGAGGAACCAGAAGGCAACACAUGUGAGAGAGAAGCAGUCGUAUCCGGAUCAUCCGGAGAGAUUUGAUUGGGAGCCACAGGUUCUGAGUCAAGAGAGUCUGACUGGAUGCUGUUACUGGGAGGUUGAAUGGAGCGGGCGGAUGGGUGUUGGUAUAGUAGUGACAUAUAAAGGAACGAGGAGUAAAGGAGCUGAUAAUGACUAUUCGUUUGGUCGUAAUACACGGUCUUGGCAACUGAAGUGUUCUGGCUUUGGCUACAUCGCCUGGCACAAUGGUUGUGCGACUAAUAUACCUUUCCCUUCAUCUUCUACAAAAGUAGGAGUGUAUGUGGAUGUGUCGGCUGGCACUUUGUCCUUCUACAGUGUCUCUGACACACACACACUCACACACUUACACACGUACAACACCACAUUCACUGAACCCCUCUAUGCUGCGUUCUUGAUCCCGACAAACUGCUCUGUGUGUCUGUGUGAGAUUUAACACCCAUUGGACGGACUUCACACAGAAUACAUGAUCAUUUGUUAUACUUGAACAAUCAUUUGGUUAUUAAUGCUAAAUGAUAAUUACUGCAAUUUAAGACAUGUAAUCACUUUGUUUGAUUGCCUGUUGUUUCUGUACAACUGAGGGUGAAAAACACUAAUAUGCUUAAUGGUGUACAAUUGAAUUUAAAUGAAAAUAA